CCACUAAAGAUCAAGUCAUCGCCAUGAAGAAAUGGAACCAUCACCCGAAGGAGGAGGAGGAAGUGAACGACCAUGCUGUGGAACAAGCAGAGGAAAUGCCGAACAAAGAAGGGCAGGAAAACGAUGAAACCAACUCAAUGAUCAAAAUAUAUAGUGUUGAAAAUGAACAUUCCAUUGAAAAUCUGAGUCCUCAAUCAUCUUUAGUAUCUCCUUAUAACGGCCUAAACGCAAUGAACUGUAACGAGUGUGCUGAAUGUUCUCUGAUAAGGGAUUCAAUCCGGGACUCUCCGGAUUCCAUUAUUUUCUGGAGCUCAAUCCGGACGGGUCCAAAGGAGUUCGGGUGUCACCGGAAGUACAUAGCUCAUGUACUGGCUGCCUUGACCGACUUUGCCUACGAUCCCUGUCUAGAAGAUGGAAAGACAAUAUCGCUGCUUAAACAGCUUCUACAUGUUGACCAUACAGAUGCCGCAGCGAAAGUUGAGUACUCGCGCUUCGCACGCCUGAUAAAGUAUUUCGGUCCAGUAAGGAGGAAAGAUUGUACAAUGUUAAAACAGAUUCACACCAUUGUACAAAAGUCGUCUGUAUUCACGAACAAAACUCGUCAGGACACAGUGAGUUGGUUUGCGGGAGACAUGACGAGGGACCAAGCCGAGUCUUUACUACUAAAUCAGGCCUGUGGAACAUACCUUGUCAGGAUGAGUCAAAAUUAUGCCGGAUAUUUCGCUGUUUCCGUGAUGUCAGGAGGAAAGGUGUAUCAUUUUGCAAUCGAGGCUGACGUCACAACUGCCCUGAGAAGCGUCCCCUACCAUGCCAACUUACGACUGCAUGGGCUGCUGUACCCGAGUCUGCUGGAGGCGGUCCAGUCCCUGAGGAGCCGCACAUUGAUAGCAGACGAUGAUCUCGAGAUCAUGUGUAGAAAAUGUUGUCCGAAUCUGACCAUCAACGCCAUGAUUUCCGGUUACAGGAAGUCGACUAAACGGCACUGA